AUGUCCGCGGAUAAUAAGACCACCGUCAUCGUAGGCGCGGGAUCCAUCGGUCUGUGGACUGCCUAUCAUCUCGCGCACGCAAAUCGUCGAACCGGUCUCUCGAGCAGCAGUACCAUCAUCGUCAUAGAAGCAUCAGCGAGCGCAUUCGGAGAGACAUCCGGGACCUGCACUGGAUGCAUCCACUACAAAUUCAACGAUGAGAUCAUGGACGAAUUUGGGAAGUACAGCUUCGCAGCCUGGCGUGACUUGGCCGCAGAGAGCAACAAGCUGUAUGACGCCGCUGGACUCCGCUUCGAUUCCAUUUUCGGUUUGACCAAGAACGACGGAGAUGGUCAAGAGCUUUUGCCGGACUGGCUUCGAAAAAGCGAUGCGUGGAGGGUGGACACCGAGUUCUUGGGGGCAGAGAACGCAAUGGUUAACCCAGUCGGCCUCGGUAAAUGGCUUGAAAGAGCAUGUAUCGACAUGGAUGUUCGCAUUCAGACCUCUACAAAGGUCACUGCCGUCGAGUUGGACCAAGGAAACCGAGCCACUGCAGUAACCGUUAUUCGAGAAGACUCAUCCUCAGUCAGAAUCCCAUGCGACAACUUCGUUCUAGCCGGGGGCCCAUGGACUCCGAUGGUCUACAAAACGCUGUUCCCCUCCUCCUCAAUCCAGAUCGACUCAGCCACAGAAGCAGGUGAUUGGAUCAUCUUCCGAAACCCGAAUCCUGUCGCGAAGAACUCGGUGGCUUUUGUGGGCCUGAAUGAUAUCGUGGGAGAGAAGUUGGAAUUCGCAGGUCGUAACGAUGGAACGAUCUGGGUUUGCGGAGCGAAAGAUCACAAGGGCACGCUACCUCCAUUAGGCUCGAGAGGUCUUCCAGAUGCUGCAAGGAUUGCGGAACUCACAGGUCGUGCCUACCAUUUUCUUUGCGUGCACAACGCUGGCGAUCUGGACGCGUUCGAGGAGUUGGAGGUUGUUGCGCUUGGGCGGGCGUUUCGACCUGUUACGCUUUCAGGGCGCCCGAUGAUGGCUUUGGUCGAGCCUGAUAAACUCUCGACAUACAACGGGUUUCGUGCAGAUGAGAGAGGUGGCAAUGUAUUUUUGUGCUGGGGCAUGGGUCUUGGGGACUGA